AUGGCUGCACCCACCCCCACCUGGGGCCAGAUGCACAACGAGACCAACGAGAUCUCCGAGACGCACCUGCCCAACUACCAGCAGCAGCACGGCCUCAACACCUACUCGCCCGACGAUGACGAGAAGAAGUCGCCCGUCUCCUCCCAGGAGGGUCUCGACUCCCAGCUGCCCGUGACCGGCUACUACGAUGCCGAGAAGAAGGCCGUCGCUGGUGACGAGGACUACGUUCCCGAGGACCCCAGUGCCGGUCUCCAGUUCGACCUCAAGUACUUCCCCGAGGAGACCACGCAGCUCACCGUGCGUGCGCUCGUGGUGGGUACCGUGCUCGGAUGCGUCAUCGCCGCCUCCAACGUCUACCUCGGCCUCAAGACUGGUUUCACCUUUGGUGCCUCGCUCUUCGGCGCCAUCCUCGGCUACUCGAUCAUCAAGAUCAUGCAGAAGGCGCUUCCCGAGAAGCUCGGCGGUGGAUUCUUCGGUCCCAAGGAGAACUGCACCGUCCAGACCUCCGCCACCGCCGCCGGUUCGCUUACCGGCAUGUUCGUCGCUGCCGUCCCCGCCAUGUACCAGCUCGACCUGCUCCACGACCCGCUCAAGGACUUUGCGCGCCUCAUCACCUUCUCGGCCGUCUCGGCGUACUACGGCGUGUUCUUCGCCAUCCCCCUGCGCAAGUUCUACAUCCUCAAGCAGAAGCUCAUCUUCCCCUCGCCCACCGCCACCGCCUACACUGUGCGCUCGCUCCACGCCCCCGGCGGAGAGGUCAGCGCCAAGAAGCAGUCGCGCGCUCUGCUCUACUCGUUCCUCGGCGCCUUCGUCUUCGUCGUCGUCAACCAGUACGCUCCCGGUAUCCUCAUGGACUGGCACAUCUUCUUCUGGCUCUACAAGUGGGGCUGGAAGAAGGCCAUCGUCGUCGACAACUGGGGCUGGUGGAUCGAGUGGACCCCCGCCUUCCUCGGCGCCGGUAUGCUCUCGGGUAUGAACGCAUCCUACUCGUUCCUCGGCGGCUCCUUCCUCAUGUGGGCCAUGAUCGGCCCUGCCAUCAUCGCUACGGGUCAGGCUACCGGUCGUCACUCGGGUCUUGCCGCCGACCCCCCUGAGCCGCUGCGAUGGGGCUACACCUCGAUGAGCUUCAACCCCAACAAGUCGCCGCUGCACGCCGCGUCGCCCAGGUACUGGGGUCUGUGGCCCGGUGUGCUCAUGAUGUUCGCCUACUCGUUCGCCGAGCUCGCCAUGAACGGCCCUACUCUGUACCGCGGCAUGCGCGCCGGUGCGAUGGAGCUCUACUGCAAGGUCACCAAGAAGGACAUUCCUAUCUACGAAGAUGCCAUCCCUGACCCGGUCGAGAAGCAGGAUCAGGUGCCCGUGUGGGCCUGGACGGGCGGUCUCGCUCUGUCGGUCGUCUUCACCUGCCUGGUGUGCACGCUCCAGUUCCACAUGAACCUCGGCAACGUCAUCCUCGCCAUCAUCCUCGCCUUCAUCUUCUCCUUCGUCGGUGUCCAGGCUUCGGGCGCCACCGACACCAACCCCGUCGGUACCAUCGCCAAGGCUUCGCAGCUCGUCGUUGGUGGUGCUCUGCGUGGCCAGGGCAAGACUGGUCCCCCAGGUCUGCUCGAGAACCUGAUUGCCGGUUCGAUCGCCUCGUCGGCUGCAUCGCACUCGGUCGACAUGGUCGGUGACCUCAAGACCGGUCACCUCCUCCGCGCCAAGCCUCGCAACCAGUUCUGGGCCCAGAUCGUUGGUUCGUUCUUCUCGAUCUUUGUCUCGACCGGUCUGUUUGUGCUUUUCACCAAGGCUUACCCAUGCAUCAUCGACGCUGCUGCCGAGGAGUGCCCCUUCGCCGCCCCCUCCGUGGCUGCCUGGAAGGCCGUCGCUGUCGCCGUCAUCUCGCCCAAGCUCCCCGUGAGCCUGUCGUCGGGUAUGACCGCUAUCGGCUUCUCCAUCGUCGCCGUCGCCACUGUGGUCGCCAAGUACACCAUCAUCCCGCAAAAGUACCACGUGUACGUGCCCAACUGGAACGCUGUCGGUCUCGGCUUUGUCGUGCCCCAGACGUACUACCCGAUUGCCAUGUGCAUGGGUGCCACCUCGGCGCUCUUCUGGAAGGCCAAGCGUCCCCAGUCGUUCGACCUGCUCGCCUUCGCCAUUGCUGCCGGUCUUAUCGCCGGUGAGGGCAUGGCCGGUGUCUUCAACGCCAUCCUCACCAUCGUCAACGUCGACGGCAGCGUCUAUGGCACCACCGUCGCCAUUCCCCCCUGGUAG